AUGUCGACCGGAAAGGAGCCAAAAGACUUUGAAGUCAACGGCAAAGGCUCAGAUCCACAAAUUGAAAUGAGCUCCCUUCGUCAUGUACAGACUCAAGGCUCAGUUGUCCUUACUCCGGAAAUGUUCGAACGCCUAUACCUCUCACCUCCAAACCGAGUCAAUGGGAAUCUUCGUCGGAUAAUUGGCAACCCAACGCCUUUCGCCCUAGCUGGAUUUAUUAUCGCCUUCUCGCCACUGGUUUUCUCCUUCCUCGGAUGGAGGCAGUUCACAGGCGGUCCCACUUCGACUAUCGGUGCCUUCUACUUUCAGGGCGGUCUACUUCCAAUCAUUGGAGCGAUCUUUGAGCUGAUUCUGGGCAACACAUUCAGUGCAUGCUACUUUGCCGUCUACGGCGCAUGGUUCUUGGGAUAUGGUGCCACCUUCACCCCAGACUUUGGAUCCUAUCUUGCAUAUUCACCAGACCCAAGCAACCCGAGGCUGGGCAUGUUGCAGCCAGGAUUUUUGUCAGGUCAAGCCUAUUGGGCGCUCUUGAUGUCCAUUUUCUCUAUCUACAUUACUAUCUGCUGCUUUCGCACAAACAUCUGCCUCGUCAUCAACUUCUUCUCCCUCUUUCUGAUCUUCUUAUUUGUCGCUAUAAGUUUCUGGCUAUCCGUGGACGGAAAGACCACUACUGCACAUCAUCUGCAGCUAGGCGCAGGCUACGUUAGCUUCAUUGCACUUGAUGUCGACUUGUACGCCCUAUUAAGUCUACUAUUCUUGACUGUUAACUUUCUAAUUCAACUUCCUAUUAGGACCUUAGCCUCGUCUUUCUAA